CCUUGCUCUACACAGAAAACACGAUCUUUGGUUCUCUCCUCCGUUGCUCCACACCGGAAAAUCGAUCAACUGUUUGGAAUCCUUCACACCGGCGAGGCGGGCGGUCAUCUUCUCAGUUGUGGUGUUUGCUUGGAUGUCCAGUCAAGAGAAGCACCUGAAGAACUAUGUUCAACUCUACGCUUCUUUGGGUUGGGAUUCUCUCGUUUGUCAUUCAGAGUUCUUAAACAUGUUCUUCCCAGAGAAAGCUGCUGCUCUAGCACUUGAUCUUCUUAUAGAGCUUGUUCAGGAGCUGAAGAUGAGGCCAUGCCCCGUGGUUUUUGCAUCUUUUUCUGGUGGUCCGAAGGCUUGUAUGUACAAGGUUCUUCAGAUGAUCGAUGGAUUGUGUGAAGUACAAGUAAAUCCGGUAUGUUGCCUCUUUAUCAAGAUUCAAACAUUUUACUAACUACUUAAAUCAUGCAGAAAAUGGGGGGCCCUUACCUCAUAUUAUGCUCUGAAAAUGAUGAUCUUGCUCCUUAUCAAAUUAUCUGCAAUUUCGCUCAAAGAAUGCAUUCGAAGAUCCAGGCUAUAAUCAUAUCUUGUUGAAUACUCUUGGCAGAGGCUCGUUCAACGAAAGGAAUGCUUUGCAACUCCUAAAAGGGGGAACUAUGUGCUUUCUGAUUUUUUUCUGUUUUGUUGAACAAUAAAUGGUUAAUGCCAUGCUUUGGGCUGUUAGACCUCUGUUCUAACACAA